AUGAUCGCAGUGCGCCGUGCACCAGUCAAUGGUGUCCGUCAUUAUGUGACAGCGACAUCAUCCAUCGCCUCGUUGCGAGCAGCCCAAUUUGGCAGAACAGCAGCCUAUAGAAGACUAACGGCCGCAACCACCGAAAGAUCCCCGUCUUCACUCAGUUCCUCUAUACCUCGCGCCUCUUUUUCUCCUCGACUUGCAGUCCCUUCCCAAACCCUCUUACGAUCUCUACAUACUUCACGAGCCCUAUACCAACAGACACAACCAAAAGAAGAAGUAAAGGAAGACGUCCGGGAUCCUCCGCGGGACGAAAAGCCCCAGGAAGAGGCAAAAGCCGGCGGCGAAGAACAGAAAGAGGGAGAAGAGAAACAAAGCAAAGACCAAAAAUCAGAAAAGGACGACAAAAAUCCACCUCCGCCGCCACCCCACGGGGACAAGACGCCAUGGCAAGUCUUUACUGAAACUCUCCGAUCCGAGUUCAAAGCCUCGAAAGAAUGGAACGAGUCGACCAAGCAAUUAUCAGGUUCAGUCCAACAGUUCACCGAAUCCGAUGCAGUGCGAAGGGCAAGAGAAGCAUCAGAGGCUGCUUCCAAGGGUACUUCGCAGGUCCUCAAAGGUGCAGGUCGCGCCAUUGGACAGGGUGCGGCAUGGACCUGGGAUACCAAGGUCGUCCAAGGUGUUCGAUCCGGUGUCAACGCGACUGGCCGUGGUAUUGAGAAAGCCACUCGUCCCAUCCGGGAAACCAAGGCGUUCAAAGAUAUCUCCGAAGCUAUCGACGAUGGUAGCAGUUCGAGAUAUGGAGGCUGGGUUGAGAAGGAAGAACGACGGAAGAAGCGAGAGGCUCUACUCCUGAAAGAAGCGCAAUCUGGCAAAAGACCUGUUGAAGAAAUGGUCGAGGAUCCAAAUGCUGGAACCAACAUUACUGUCCACAAAGAUUCGGCCUGGAAGGAGUCAUGGAACAGCUUCAAGGAGAAUUCCAAGGUCAUGCAGAGCUUGUUCAGUAUGAAACAAACAUACGAAGAGUCGGAGAAUCCUUUCAUCUCGACAGCGCGGUCAAUAUCAGAUCGAGUUGCAGGGUUUUUCGCCGAGAAUGAGACUGCGAUGGUGAUCAAGAAAUUCCGGGAAAUCGACCCCAACUUCCAACUCGAGCCGUUUUUGCGAGACCUGCGCGAAUUUAUGCUCCCCGAAGUCCUCGAUGCGUAUGUCAAGGGGGAUGUUGAGACACUCAAGCUGUGGCUGUCGGCCGCGCAAUUCCAGGUGUACUCGGCUCUCAUGGAACAGUACACCAAGGCAGGACUGAAGUCGGACGGAAGGAUACUCGACAUCAGAAACGUCGACAUCCUGAAUGCCAGGCUGCUCGAGCCCGGCGACAUUCCAGUCUUUAUCAUCACCUGCCGGACACAAGAGGUUCACGUUUACCGGAACAAAAAGACGAAUGAGCUUGCUGCCGGUAUGGAGGAUAAAGUCCAAUUGGUCACGUAUGCCAUCGGAAUGACCAGAUUACCAGAGGAGGUCAACAACCCCGAGACCCGAGGAUGGAGAAUGAUUGAACUGCAAAAGGCUGCGCGAGAUUACUAUUGA